AUGCCACUUAUUAACUUCGGUUUCUGCAUUGUGUUUAGUUCUCCAACAGUACCUCUGUUUCGAGAUGAAUGGAGAGCACCUUCGAUUCAAACCACAAUUUUCAAUGCAAUAUUAUCCUUAGCAGCAGUUGUCGGACCUUUUGUAGCAAAUGGAUUACUGAAAUUCUUUAAUCAAAAAGUUUGCUAUUUCAUUUUGCAGAUAUUUGCUUGCUUGUUCUUUUUGCUAAUGCUUCUAGCAAAUUCGAAAAAAAUUUAUGUCAUGAUUAUCUUGAGAGCACUUGAAGGAGUAAUAAUGGGUGCAACUUCUACAAUUUGCCCAACAAUGCUCAUUGAAGUAUCUCCAAAAGGAAUGACCGGAUUUUUGGGUAAUCUUGGUCAACUUGGUCGUUGUAUUGGUGCAUUUGUACUUUACUUGGUUGGCAAUUGGACCGUAAAUCUCAAAAGAGAAAGAAGACAUUUGCAAGCUUUGAUUCUUAUGUGCGGAAUCUUUAAUUUUAUUAGCAGUCUCUUGAUUUGGUUUGUCCCAAACAACUUUAGAGGCUCUGAUAAUUCAUCUGAAGAAACAAAUGAAGAAAUUGACAAUCAGGAUAACAAUAAAGAUGCAGAAGAAAAAGAGUCAAUUCUAGAAAAGAAAUACUUGGGAAAGCUUGCUGUGGGUAUCUGA